UGCCCUACAAAUGGUGAUCCAAACUAUGACAUCAAAAGAGUGAAGCCACCCACUGGCAUUCCCAAGUCCAUGUUGAUAGCAACCCCAGAUGGCUCAUAUGCACUGCCGAGUGGUGCAGUAGCUGUAUUGAGGCCGAAUGAGGCUGCUUUUGAGAAAGAGAUCGAAGGUUUACCGUCUACGCGUUCUGUUGGUGAUUUACCACCUGAGCUACACUGCCCCUUGUGCAAGGAAGUGAUGAAAGAUGCUGUUUUAACGAGCAAGUGUUGCUUUAAGAGCUUUUGUGAUAAGUGUAUUAGGAAUUACAUUACCUCAAAGUCAGUGUGUGUCUGUGGGGCUACAAAUACACUUGCAGAUGAUCUACUGCCAAAUAAGACUCUCAGGGAUACCAUCAAUCGAAUCUUGGAGUCUGGUAACAGUAGUAAUGAUAACGCUGCAUGAGUCAAUGAGUGUAAA